UGGCUUUGUUUCCGCUCGCUAGAGUUCGGUUCGUGGCUUGUCGGUGUGCAGCCGGUGCCUCCGUCCACGGCGAUGUCGGGCUCGGAGCGGCAGCCGCGGGCGGGCCAUGUCCAGCUGGAUAGCAGACCUAUAUUACCCACCACAGAUGGAAAUGAGAACAUCACAGAAGUAGAUGCACUCAAUAUAAGCAGACAAUCACGUCAUCUUGAAGAGAAGUACAAAAUGGACAAUCAAAGAAGAGGAGUUGCAUUAAUCUUCAAUCAUGAGUACUUUUCUUGGCAGUUAAAUCUGAGAGACAGACGUGGGACUACGGUUGACAGAGACAAUCUGAAUCGCACUUUGACAAACCUUGGAUUUGAAGUCAGAGUUUUUGAUAACCUGAAAGCAGAAGAUGUGCAGAACAGAAUUGACGAAGCCUCUAAGGAGGACCACAGCAAUGCUGACUGCUUCGUGUGUGUGUUCCUGAGCCACGGUAAAGAUGAUCACAUUUAUGCCCGUGAUGACAAAAUCGACAUUCAGACAAUGACAGACAUGUUCAGAGGAGACAAGUGCCAGAGUUUGGUAGGAAAGCCAAAGAUAUUUAUCAUUCAGGCCUGUCGAGGUGAUCAACAUGAUAUUGCAGUGAUUGCUCAUGAUGCAACAGACAGCAGUAAAUCCCCUGGCAAUAAGACUGAAGUGGAUGCAGCUGGCAUCUAUACUCUGCCUGCUGGUGCAGACUUUAUCAUGUGCUACUCUGUGGCACAAGGCUACUAUUCUCAUCGUGACACUGUAUUUGGCUCCUGGUACAUCCAGGAUUUGUGUGAGACCCUUAGGGAUCAUGGAUCUUCUGGGGAGUUCACAGAACUUCUUACUGUUGUGAACAGGAAAGUAUCAGAUCGCACAUGGAACACGGGCUAUGGUUUAAAAAAACAGAUUCCUUGUUUUGCCUCAAUGCUAACUAAAAAAUUGUAUUUUCAUCCAAAAUCUAAGUAGAUUAUUUUGCAGUGAUGACCAUUACUAUUACCUGCUGGAGAGAAAAGAAUACCAUCUUAGUUGAGGAGAUGUAAUAUUCUACAAGAGUGUAAAAUCACUGUGAUCAAACAUUACAAUUUGCAGACCUAAUAGUUUCUAAAAUCUUGAAGCAGUCUUAAAACUAGAAUUAUACCAGAGAAUUCAUCUCAGGGAAUAUGGGAAAAGUUGACUGGGGCCAAAGUAUUAGAAGGUACUCAGAUUUUAUUGAAAUUGAUGCUUUAAAUUGAAAUCAAUUGAAAUUGAUUUUUUUUCUUAAAAGCGUCUUGCCUCAUUGCCAUCUAACUAUGGCACAUUUUACUAUUUCCAAAACAUUUUUACUGUUCUGUUAGAUUUACUUGUCUUGCUCCUAGAGCACAGUUUACAGGGAAUAUGGUUUGUAGGGCAUCUUUUUAAAUUUGUGGACAGCAGAAUCCACAACUUUUGUAGCUUUAUUUGGCUUUUUAGACACUGUAUAAUUUUCUUGCUACACUAAAAAGGAACUUAAUUCCUUGAGUACAACUAUAGCAUUAAUAAAGGAUUAAUCAAAUAGGGUUGAUUAAUAAAGGGUUUCCUUUUACUUGAAUAUAAUUGAUACUUGAAGCACAGUUACAGUUUUCUGGUGCUUUACAUGCUCAGGAGAAAAACAGCAGUAAUGAGAUGAGACCAUGUACAGUUUGCUCAGGGUGAGCUUGCCUUUUCUGUAUCUCUAAAGCUAAUGCUGCUGAACAUGUCUAGGCAGCUCUACAAAAUAUAACAUGUAAACCUUCAUACUUCAGGCCUUGGAGUUGCAUCAGGCCUCCUCUUGGCCCUGGAGGAGAUCAGCCAUGCCUCUGUCAUUGUGUACAUAAAAGUGACGGUGCAUGGUCACCACAGGAUUGUUACUGCUGCAGUAGUUGUGGUGCUGACUUGAACCAAAUAUUCCUUUUUUUUAAACGUUAUUAAUUGUUCCUCUGAGGGACAACAGAGAACUCAGUCUGAGCAAAGUGUCUUAUUCCACUUUCCUGGGGAAAAAAAUAAUUGGUUUACAGGUUCUGCUUUAGUUAAGUCUCUCCAUACACAAUGUUCUGUCAUAAAUGCUGUAUCUUACUACACCUGCUUUUAAACAGGUGUAUGAAUCAUGCAUGUUUUAAUGUUUUGAUAAAUUCUUUCAAUACAAUGCAACAGUGAAACAUAAAUGAUUUUAUAGGAAGUCUGAGAUGCCUUACUUUUCCAGCACUAAUCCAUUUUCCUUGGGGAAAAAAUAAUCGGUUUAUUGCUUCUGCUUUAGUUAAGUCCAUCUACAAUGUUCUGUCAUAAAUGCAGUAUCUUACUACACCUGCUUUUAAAUGUUGUAUGAAUCAUGCAUGUUUUAAUGUUUUGAUAAAUUCUUUCAAUAAAAUGCAACAGUGAAACAAAUGAUUUUAUAGCACGUUUGAGAUACCUUACUCUUCUAGCACUACUUACUAAGAAUGCUUAAUUGUCAUGCUAAUCUAAACUUGACCUAUGGUGUCACAAGCAGUCAAUGCACAGACCAGGGAAAAAGAAACAGUAAUUUCAGGAAAAGAAUCUUUGCUACUCCAUAUAGAAGUUAAUUAUCCUAUGAGCUACUGUUGUGUCACAGUAAAUGGUACUGAAGGA